AUGUACUUUUCUUCUCAUUCUCUUAUUGCUUCCGUUCUCUUAAUCUCUGCUGUUCAAGCAUAUCCAGGAGUCCAAGCAGAUCCCGUUGCUGAUGUCCUAGCUACAACGACAUCUGCAAUUGUUUUAGAGACCCCUCCACUUUCGGAAGGGAUUCUUGAAAAUCUAGGGUUGUUCAAAUUCUUCGCAAGAGCCGCGAAGAAAACAACUGCCAAAACUACAGCUAAAACGACAGAGGCUGCACCAACAACACAGAAAACCACGGCUCCAGCAACAACGCAAAAAAAUACGGCCGUGGUAACUACACCUACGACUACCCCGGUGAAAACCACCGAGGCACCUACCACCGCUUCAAUCAAGACAACCUCGAUUCCAACUACGUCAUCCAUAUCCACCAAACCUACUUCUACUUUGACCAGUUCGACUUCGACUUCGGUUGUGGCACCAAGUAGUACGAGUACUGUCUCCAAAUCCUCAAUUUUAAGCACCAGCUCAAUUCCUACUUCGGUGAAUUCUAUUCAGACAUCUCAAGUCUCAUCUUCCACUGUUUCUUCGCUCUCCAGCCUAGAGACCUCUAGCUCUUUGGUAUCCAGUAAAAGUUCUACUUCUGUAGUCACGUCUGCUCAAUUAUCGUCUUCAGCAUCUGGUUCGUUGGCCAGUGUUAGUGGAGUCUCCGGAACCAUUACCAGCACCGGCUCCUUGGCAUCUGGGACUGGUUCUACUUUGACCGGUGGAUCUGUUUCUUCUGGAAUAGAUUCCAAAACAAUCGGGUCUCUUACCGGCACUGGUACGUUAGUUGGUUCUUCAUCAGCUAGUGGAUCAAUCUCUUCUGGAGUUGAUUCAAAAACCAUCGGAUCUCUCACCAGUACUGGAUCAGUACCGACAGGAACUGGUUCCAUUACCAGCACUGGGUCUUUGGUAUCUGGAACUGGCUCUGCCUCAGCGAGUGGAUCGAUCUCUUCUGGAACCGGUUCCGUCACCAGUGGAUCUCUCACCACCACGGGACCACUAUCAUCAGGAACUGGCUCAAGCUCAAUCCCAGGAAGUGGCACCAUAACUUCUUCCUCCCUCAUCUCCUCCUCCAGCAGCUCCAUCUCCUGCUCCGUCUCCAACACCGUAACCGACAUAACCUACUUCGUGUCCCCCGCCACCAACACCCUCGGAUCCGUAACCAAGCUCUCCACCAUCUCCUCCACCGCCAUCCGAACCAUCGGAUGUUCCCUCAGCGCCAAAACCGCCACAUCCACCAUCUCCUCCUCCGCAUCCAUUAGUAAAAUCGUCAUUCCAACCGGCUACGGAGAUCCCGUCGUGAGCGCCGAAGCUGGAAAUGCUGCGUUUUACAAAGCCGGCGCCGCCGGUUACUCAAGCCAGUUAAGUGUAUACAGCGCGGCGUCGACGAGAACGAGCGGGAUGACUACGAUGGCUUCUACGACGGGCAGUAGUGCCUCGAGCGUGCAGAGUGUCGCAAGUGGUACGACGAAGGAAAGUGUGAGUAGUGUUGCCGCUACAGACGCCUCAAGCAUUACCAGUGCACCGGCCACUUCGGGGACAGCUGCUGCCACGGGAAUUGUGGGGGAGAUCUCUUCGCUUCUCAACAUCUUUUGA